CAGUUAUAACAGCUGAGAGCGCAAAAUAAUCUUAAAAAUGUAUUCUCUGUGUCUUCAAUUUCUUAUCUUAAUGAUGUACUAGUAUAAAAACAAAUUGUAGCCCAAAACAUACCUAUCUAGCUCUGAAUAUAAAGCAAUUUUAACUGUUCCCAAGAUAAGAGUGUUAUUAGUUAAUAAACAACAAUCUAACACAUACAGCAAGAAGAGAGCACUCCAAAGAGCGGACGAUCAAAGUUUACAUUAAGAUUGGAAAAAGUUUCGCUUUUAAUGAAGGGGUCCGCCACUUGGACCUCAAUUCGCGAUCAGUUCUCUUAGCGCGCGCAUUUCGGCAGUUCUGAACAAUGUCCUCAUCGGUGAUCCCCAAAACAGUUAAUCCGGAUCUGCAAAAGGAACGGGAUGGAGCAAGUUUUAGUAGCGAGGAGUUCGCCGCCUGGUGGGCAGGAAGCGAUGAGGAUCUAAAGUUCACCCGGGGCAUUCGCGAUUACCUGCAAAAGGAUGUGAAUCUGGACGAGAUGCUGCAGAUCCAGAAUAUGUCACACGAGGAUAUUAACGAAUUUUCCGUACGGACGUCUAUCGAUGCAGCCAAAAAGCUGCGUCGUCUCCAGGAGGAGCGCAAUCCUGGCGGGGAGGAGUACUGGCCAAAUCUCUACGACAGCAAGGUGAUGUGGGGUCUCACACCCGCCGGCAAUCCCUUUGGAGUGAUGUACGUAAUGCUGGUCAAGGCGCUGCAGGCCCAGUGUACACCGGAGCAAUACGAAGAGUUCGGAAAACGCAUGGAGAAGUUCGAGAUCUGCGGCACGUACGCUCAAACUGAGCUAGGUCAUGGCACUUAUCUGCGUGGCCUGGAAACUAGAGCUGAUUUCGAUCCCAAAACGGAUGAAUUUGUACUGAACACGCCGAAGAUAUCUUCCUACAAGUUUUGGCCAGGAGGCUUGGGUCACAGCUCCAACUACUGUCUGAUAAUGGCGCAGUUGUACAUCAACAAUGUAUCUAAAGGACCACACAUGUUCUUUGUCCAAGUGCGCGAUGAAGAGACCCACGAACCCCUGCCUGGCGUCCACAUUGGUGAUAUUGGAAAGAAGAUGGGCUUCAUCGGAGUAAACAAUGGUUUCCUGGGCUUAAAAAACGUGAGGAUUCCUCGCACCCGCAUGUUGAUGCGACACGCCAAAGUCAAUGCCGACGGCUCCUAUGUGAGCAGCCCAGCUAACGUUCUUACCUACUUCGCCAUGGUGCGCACGCGCUGUGUGAUUGCUCGCAACAAUGCCCUGAUGCUUGCAGGAGCUGCUACCAUUGCUACAAGGUAUUCUGCUGUGCGCCGACAGAGUCCCAUAAAUCCGAAGUAA